GUAUAUAUGUGGAUAAUAUGGAGGUGGUUCAGUUCGGUGCAAAUGGCAAGGACAAGAUGAGCUCGACCAUGAAGAGUGGAAGAGUAACCAAAUGUAAGCUUGAAAAGUUCUUCUUGGAGGGAGGCAAACUUUAUCGCUAUAGAUACGGUAUGAAGAAGAGAUAUCUUGUUACCCAAUGGUUUGGUACCUGCACUACGGCUAAGAGGGAUCCGCCGGAAGUGGUGCUCCACCGAGCCAAUUUCCUGUUGCAGCAGCACGAUGGGUUUGGCGAAUAUCAUCUGUUCCAAAGAAACUGCGAGGACUUCGCUCUCUACUGUAAGACGGGGAAGGUGGUGGACGGUGGCGCAAGCAGUCAGGUGAUCCAAAGGGGUUUUGGCACCGUUUUAGGCGGUUUCUUCAUGGAUAUUGGACUGAAUGAUAAGGCUCGCAGCGUCGCAGUGGAAGAUUUGAUGAGGGAGCGCCAACCAAUCACUCAGACUGAUCAGUUGAUGAUGAAUGUUGCUUCUAAUUAA